AUGGUUACAGUUUAUUGGGAAUUACUGAACAAUCGGAUAUGUGUGUGGUAUAGAAGCUGCAAAAAUGUUGCAAAAACUCAUUUGACUGGUUUUGAAGGGGAUGUGGAGGCAGAAAGAGCUCAAGCCCCUAUAGGAAUGGGCAGGCAAGCAUGGAAUGCUAAAAUUUAUUCUCUAAAUCUAUUGAGAUGGACCCCUAAAGAAAGUUUUCUUAGACUACAGAUAUACUGUUACAACUUGGAGAAGAAGAAUCUUGUGACGGUUACACAUAUAAAGAUAAGUGAUGGCAAUAAAUUUGAAUACUUUUUCAUGGCUAUAGGUUCCGCGGUUCAAGCAUUUCAAAGAUGCUUGCAUCCUAUUAUUAUCAUUGAUAGCGCACACCUUAUAGGGAAAUACUUUUGCACCAUGCUCCUAGCCAUAGGCAUGGAAGGCCUGAUCGUCAACUCAGAUGACGAAGUUGUUGCUUUUUACUCAAACAACCGAGUAAAGAAGUUUUUCAAAAAGCCUUCUAAUGAGAAGUCUCAAGUAAGUGAUGCAAAAGGAAGUUUUGAUGGAAAGUCUAUAAGUGAAGAGAAGAAAGUAAAGAGGAAGGAGAUCAAGUGCGAAGAUGCAAAAAUAGAGAAAAAGCUUAAAGGUGACUCUGGAUUCGACUUUCAUUACAGUAAUGGAGCGGAUCGUAUGGCCAAUGAUUGCAUGUUGCAAAAGAGGGAUGAAAAGAAGAACAGAGUCAAAGAUGAAUCAUAUUAUGUGGAAAGAUUAGAGGAAGUAAGAGCAAAAGAGAAGGGGAUGUCACUUGUGGCCAGCGGCAUGGAUGAAGAAGAAGGAACCUACCAAAUAUGGUCAUCAAGUUUUGAUGAUGAAGAAAUGUGA